GGGAAGCCCGGCGUGCUGCAGUUUGCAGCCCCUCUCCGCAGGGGCGCCGCGGCGCGCAGCCUGCGCCUCUCCCCACCUGCAGCCCCUCCUCCCGCCGCGGCCGGGCGAUAAAACGCGCGUCCUCGCCCUUCCUCGGCCUCUUCGGGGCCUUCCGUCCCGGGCUCCUCGCCCCGCAUCCCCUCUUCCCCCUCCACCCCUUCCCCCUCGUCCUCCUGCUCCCCGACCCCCCUUCCGGCCUCCCAUUCAUUCCGUCUGCACCCCCCCCUCUUCCCGCUGGGCCCUCUCCCCCAGAGCCUCCCCGCGUGGACCCCGCUGCCGUCUUGGGGGUUUUAGCACAUUCAUGGAAGUUUAGGGCCUGGACGGUGCCCCCAGGUCCGGCCUGAGAGCGCAGCGCGGGCUGCUGGCUGGGAAGAGGAAGAUGUCUGUGCUCAGGCGGAUGAUGCGGGUCUCCAAUCGCUCCCUCCUCGCCUUCAUCUUCUUCUUCUCCCUCUCCUCGUCUUGUCUCUACUUCAUCUACGUGGCUCCGGGUAUCGCCAACACAUAUCUCUUUAUGGUGCAAGCUCGAGGAAUAAUGCUGAGAGAAAAUGUGAAAACAAUAGGACAUAUGAUCAGGCUGUACACAAAUAAAAACUCUACACUCAACGGUACAGAUUAUCCUGAAGGCAAUAAUUCAAGUGAUUAUCUUGUUCAAACAACAACAUAUCUUCCGGAAAACUUCACAUAUUCACCAUACCUCCCCUGCCCAGAAAAACUGCCUUACAUGCGGGGAUUUCUCAAUGUCAAUGUAAGUGAAGUCAGUUUUGAUGAAAUUCAUCGACUCUUCUCCAAGGAUUUAGAUAUUGAGCCAGGAGGUCACUGGAGGCCUAAAGACUGUAAACCCAGGUGGAAGGUGGCAGUUCUCAUUCCUUUCCGUAAUCGCCAUGAACAUCUUCCAAUUUUUUUCUUGCAUCUGAUUCCAAUGCUCCAGAAACAGCGGCUAGAAUUUGCCUUUUAUGUCAUUGAACAGACUGGUACACAACCUUUUAACCGUGCAAUGCUCUUCAAUGUGGGCUUCAAAGAGGCCAUGAAAGAUAGUGUCUGGGACUGUAUCAUCUUCCAUGAUGUGGAUCAUCUACCCGAAAAUGACAGAAACUAUUACGGAUGUGGAGAAAUGCCACGUCAUUUUGCAGCAAAGCUGGAUAAAUACAUGUAUAUUCUUCCAUAUAAAGAGUUUUUUGGUGGUGUAAGUGGACUGACAGUGCAACAAUUUAGAAAGAUUAAUGGUUUUCCUAACGCCUUCUGGGGAUGGGGAGGAGAAGAUGAUGACCUUUGGAAUAGAGUUCACUAUGCUGGAUAUAAUGUAACAAGACCCGAGGGAGACUUAGGAAAAUACAAGUCUAUUCCUCAUCAUCAUCGAGGUGAAGUCCAGUUUUUAGGACGGUAUAAAUUACUAAGAUAUUCAAAAGAACGUCAGUACAUCGAUGGGUUGAACAAUUUAAUAUAUACGCCAAAAAUACUGGUUGAUAGGUUGUAUACAAAUAUAUCUGUAAACCUCAUGCCAGAGUUAGCUCCAAUCGAAGACUAUUAAAAGACACAGCUCUCCUGGCAAGAUAGACCACAAUGCUGGAUUAUAAACUUGGAGUGCACUCUUAAUGGAGGUCAGUGAAUGGAUGUGUCCCAGUGCCCUGAUCUGUGAGAAGAGCCAGCAGUCCUCAGUGUUUGCAGUGUGGGAUUAUAUACAGUGAGCCUUCUUCGACCCAUCCUCUCCUCUGAGACAUACCCUCGUGGUGAGCACUGCAGAGACCACAUACCACUGCUUAAGUCUGGAAGUUAAGAGAGCUCCCUACCAAGAGAAAAUUUUUAUACUAAAAUCUAAUUUAAUUCAAGAGAAUGCUUUAUUUCCAUUUAAAGAUAUUUUGUACAUAUGUGAUGUAAAAUAAUGUGUUCAAAUUGUUGAAAAAUAAGAUGUGUUGCAGUUUUGCAUGUGAUUGGUUAUGCCUUUACUGGACUUUUAUAGACAUUUUUUAUUUGCAUGGAAUAAAACAAUGUAAAUUUAUGUCACUAAAAAAGGUUAACCCUUGUGUGAAAUGAAGGAAUGUCAAUAAUUGACAGCCAACUAAUACAGUAAACUGUUAUACUAGUUUUGAGCUUUAGACCUUCAGCCUUUUAUGUGGGAGAAGUCACAACUUUCCUCGUGUUUUAAAGGGUAAGAAGAAAGGGCUUAAACAGCUUUUCUUCCUGCCAGGAUUACCUAUGUUUUUGUCUUGCUUGAAUCUCAUCAGACUUUGCUAAAUCACAACCACGUUGUUUAUGCAUAUUGCAUGAGUAUUACCAAGAAAAUCUUAAAAGUUGUGAUGUGACAUGAUAUAAAGGACCUCUUUAUGUUAAAUGUCUUCCAUGUACCUCUGGUGUAAGUGUCAGAGAUUUUGUGCCUCAAAAAAUGUCCCCAAGGUUGCGUGUGUUUGUACACUGUAUUUUUUUUAAUUUAUAGUGAACAGCACUUUUAUUAUUUCCAGUUCAGAAGAGCCAAAAAAAAA